GCUACGACCAGCAGGUUCUCCUUACGGAUUACCUGAGAUGUCUGCCUUCAAAAGUAAGAACUAAACUGGUAGAUGAGGCCUAUGUCGACCAGCACAACUUCGCUUCUUUCAACAAGAAGGCCUUAGAUAUAGAGGCAAAGCUUGGGUCCGCGCAUCAGGGUCCAAUAGAUGGUAGGAAGAAGAAGUUUCCCAUGACUGGAAGAAGAAGGGUCAGUUAAUGUUCAUUGACCAUGAUGGUCAGACGACGGAAAUUGACGAUUUCUCAGAUCUUGGGGAGGAGACAGAGCAUGAUGGGGCCAAUGGAACUUCGGAUGGGGGAGUCGUGACACCUAUCAAGGAAAAGGCUAGGGGGACCGGGAAGAAGAAGGUAGUACGGUCUAUGGGUAAGGGAGACCAAGGAACACCCGCAUGGGUAAAACAUGGUUUAGAAUAUGAGGGCUGCACAGUGUUCAGCAAACUCGAUCUCAAAUCUGGCUACCACCAAAUCGAGAUGGCAGAGGAGGAUGUUUAUAAGACAGCCUUCAAGACCAGAUAUGGUACUUAUGAGUUCCUGGUCAUGCCAUUUGGACUUUGCAAUGGCCCAGGUACCUUCCAGACAGAGAUGCACCGCAUCUCCAAGCCUUACCUGGACAAGUUCAUGGUUGUCUACCUGGAUGACAUCCUGGUAUUCAGCAGAACUGCCAGGGAGCAUGCGGAGCACUUGGCUCUUGUCCUUCAGUCGUUACGUGACAGCCAGUAUAAGAUUAACAGAGAGAAGUCCUCGUUUGGAGUUCCCGCUGUUAUCUAUCUGGGUCAUGUAAUCUCUGGAGAUGGCUUGGCUCCUGAAGCAGCCAAGAUAGCUGUUAUUCAAGAUGAACUUGUGCACGAAGGGGACGUCCUUGAAAUUUUUGAAGUUGAGGAUCUCUUCCACGGUGAUGGUCCUGCUCUGUAUGAUGAGGUGGACGAUCUUCAUCAUGUACUCCCUCAUGAAGAGGAACGUGAUCUGCGCCAGGAUUGGUUUUCUCUAAGAUGCGACUCCCGAAUCCCGCAUAAGUACGACACUCGUGCUAAGAGGAAAGCAAUGAGAAACAACAAUACCACUCAAUAUGAUACGAAUGUUACGUCAAAAGUUGGAGCUGAACAUUCGGAGAGGUCGAAGAAAAGUAGAAAUGAUGAGAGGUCGGUGAAUCUUGGAAGUGAACAUCCUCGGGACGAUCAUUAUGUUCUUGGUGAGGUUGAAUGUCGAUGUUCGCAAGCGAAUACCCUUAAUGAUGCUGAGAACAUGGUUGUGGAGGGGGGUGGUGACGAUUGUCGUGUUGAUGGGGAUGGUUCGCAAAGAGAACAGCAGGUGGAGAAAGCAAUCGGUUGAUCUAGUACCACUACAACAGGGCAUAUAUAGUUAAAAAUACAAGGAAACAGCAGUCCAGAAAGCCAGCUUCUGCCCACCAUCCACCAUACUCUGCGCUUGGAUGAUCUGGAGCGAGUCGAUGAACAAAAUAGAGUAGGCAAUCAUGAAUUGUCAUGUGUGUAAGUCAGCCUGAGAAGUCAAUGAGGUCCCAUGGCUCUAAGGGAAUAUUGUAAGCACCCAAGAUUCCAAAGAGCUGUUGCAGCUGCCUCUGCAGCACGAGCUGUUCCUGACUCCAUCAGCUGCUGUAGCUGCUCUAUUGCUCCUUCUGCGGCAAGUACACUCUUGACCUGAUCAUUGAAGGAUAAGUUGCGCAAUGCCCGAGCUGCUGCCUCCUGUGCCCAAGGUGAGCCCUCUCCCGCCAUGCGAAUAAGCACUGGAACAGCGGCAGCCUAGAUCAAACAAACAUUAAACUGAGAA